UACUUCACUCUGCACUCGUGUCGGUUUUCUCGUAGUAACGUGACGUUUGUUAACAAACUGAAAAAUGGAUCAAUUUGAUCCAACUGAACAUCAACAUGUCCGAUAUAAUCCAUUAAAAGACGAAUGGAUCUUAGUAUCACCUCACCGGUGCAAACGACCUUGGAGCGGACAAACAGAACAACCGGCUGAGGAACAGCAACCAGAUUUGAACAAUCCCUUGCGAGCUGGUGCUGUCAGGUCUAACGGACAGCGUAAUCCAAAUUAUACGUCAACUUAUGUGUUCCCGAAUGAUUUUCCCGCGCUAUUGCCGAAAGUUCCAGAACCACCACCACCGGAACAUCCGUUGUUCCAAGCUGGACCAGCUAAGGGGACAUGCAGGGUGAUGUGUUUCCAUCCAGACUCUUCAAUGACAUUACCACUUAUGUCCGUGGAAGAAAUACUGGCUGUUAUAGAGGAAUGGAUAUCACAAGUGACGGAGUUGGGUUGUCGAUACACAUGGGUGCAGGUGUUUGAGAACAAAGGCGCAGUAAUGGGUUGCUCCAAUCCACACCCACACUGCCAGAUCUGGGCCUCAAGUUUCCUACCCAAUGAACCCAGGGUUAAGGAUAGAUGUCAAUUGGAUUAUUAUAAAAAAUAUGGCAAAUCAAUGAUGGUGGAGUACGUCGAGAAGGAACUGGAACAAAAGGAACGUAUUGUACUACAAAAUUCAGAAUGGGUAGCAUUAGUACCAUACUGGGCGGCUUGGCCUUACGAAACUAUGGUGUUACCACUGAAUAACAAGCCACAGAGGAUGACAGACUUGAAUCCAGAACAGAAGAGAGGAUUAGCUGAGAUCAUGAAGCAAUUGACUACGAAAUACGAUAAUCUAUUCCAAUGCAACUUUCCUUAUAGUAUGGGAUGGCAUGGCGCACCGACAGGACCAUCUUCAACACCUGGAGACUCACCCCAUUGGUUACUGCACGCUCUCUACCUACCUCCUCUACUGCGCUCCGCUAGCGUGAAGAAAUUCAUGGUGGGCUAUGAAAUGUUGGCUCAGCCGCAAAGAGAUUUAACACCGGAGCAAGCAGCAGCUAAACUAAGAGAAUGUAGUAACGUGCAUUAUAAGAACAAAAAGGAUUAAAACUUAUUGUUUUUUUUUCAUAAUCUCACUUUAACAUUAUAAAUGCGAAUGUUUGCAUGGAUAUUUGUUACA